GCUUAUAAAUGCUCUCUUUUGAAAAAAAAAUCUAACCGAUUGCAUUGUCAUUUUGAGAAGAAAUACAAACUCGACAACAACCAAAACCAAAAACCGUUUGGAUUCUCUAUCUAAAGAAUUAUGUCUUUGAGCCCACCCAGAACAAGAACCAAUGGCACCACAGUAAACUUCCAGCGAUACUGGUGCUACCAGUGCCAUCAAAUGGUGAGGAUUGACACCACGGACUCAUCAGAGAUCAUCUGCCCUCGUUGUUCAGGGCAGUUCCUUAGUGAGAUUGGAAUUAAUAGACCAAGACUGGUUGUUGAUUUCACUGCUUUUGAUCCUUCACCAGACGCUCGCUUACUUGAAGCACUAUCUCUAAUGCUUGACCCACCAAUCAGAAGAUUCAAUUAUAGUCUCGAUGAACCUGAACCUCCUCGUCGGUCCUGGUUUCGUAGACGGAAUCGACCUGACUUUAUUGAUACUGAAAUUCGUCCUCGAAGGCGUAGAAAUCUGUCGCUAGAGCUUGAUGGGAGAGAUACUUGGGAUUCAUUCUACCCUGAAAUCAGCCAACGGAGGUCUCCGGAUUGGAGUUUUAGUGGGACAGGUCUUAUGGAACACGUACAUGGGAUCCAAUCCAGGCCAAGAACAUGGAUGCAAUACAGGCCAGGGUAUCCUUUUCGUGAACCAAUCGAACCCCUUUCGCAAUCUGAAAACCCAGUUCCUCCCCUUGUUGAUCACAGGGACUUUUUUUUGGGGCCAGGCCUAAACGAGUUGAUUGAGCAAUUGACACAAAAUGACCGCCCAGGGCCACCACCAGCUCCAGAAAUCACCAUUGAUGCCAUACCAACUGUAAAAAUCGAGGCAAGUCAUUUGUUGAAUGACUCUCAUUGUCCGGUUUGCAAGGAAGAGUUUAAAGUUGGAGGGGAGGCAAGGGAGUUGCCUUGCAAGCACAUAUACCACAGUGAAUGUAUCGUGCCAUGGUUAAGGUUACACAACUCCUGUCCAGUUUGUCGAAAGGAGUUGCCGGUUAAUAGUGAAAGUAGUGCUCAAGAUGAAGAUGAGUGUGAGGAUGGAGGGGGUAGGAGGGGAAGGUGCUUGAGGUGGAGGAGGCAGUUGUCAUCUUUAUGGCCAUUUCGCGCUAGGUAUGGGAGGAUUAGUCCUCACGGAGAGGUUGCCGGUACCUCUCAAGGAGGGCAAAGCUAAUUCUGCGGAUAAUAUAUCGUUUUAUGCGACUACUGUUGUAGCCUUAAAGCUUCGCAGUUGUCUCUGGUUUGGUUGAUGAAAAAUAUUGUUUCAAGAGCAAAAUGAAAAGAAAUUGAAGAAUAAAUUAUUUGGCAUGCACUUUGUUGUACAGGCGUGAAGUUUUAUUUAUUUGCAAAGAACAUAAGGGAACCACCAAAGCUAAUUAUUUAUUUAUUUAUUUAUUUUCUUCGCUUAAGAAGCAGUUCUGGAUUAAUGGUAAAGCACUCAAAGUUGAGUCCUUGAGAAUGGCAGAUCCCAUG